AUGUCAGCGGUUGAAACUAAGAUCCCUGGUCAUUUCACUAACGAUAUCGAGCUCACUGAGUGCCACGAUGAAGGGGAAGGGAUGGAUGUUAUGAGGCUAGAGGACGAUGAGAUUUCGUAUGCUUUGGGUAAGAAGGGUGGUACUCGUAAGAAGAUCGCGGCUUCUAGCGGAGCGGUGGUGGAAUAUGUUGGUAACUAUGUUCAUAUUUAUGGCACUUUGGUCCAGCGGCAGAAGGCCAAGGAGUACAUCGAUUGGCUGUUCGCCCAGUUGAAGGGACCAGUAUGUGUCGAUGCUACAGGAAGGGACGACUGCACUAUUGUGGAUGUCCCCAGGGAAUGUGUCGGAUAUAUUACUGGGUAUAGGCGAGAGACUCUUGGACGUAUUGAAGAGGAAUGGGGAUGCCUCAUGUUCUUUAUGGAUAAGGCUAACGACAAGAGAGACAAGGCUGCUAUGAAGGAUGCAACAUGUGGUUAA